AUGACGCCCUCGUGGCCGGACCCCUAUUGUUAUGUGUACAAGGAUGACGACGUGGCGCAACUGCUCCUGCGACUUCAAUCAUCCCACAGGGACAUUCUCAGAUACAUUGACGAGCACCCCAGCACGACAGCCCCAGCCAGCUAUGUGAAAUAUGUGAUCCACCAAGCGGACAAGAUCGCCGCGUAUUUGGCGGAGAAAGCAAUCACCAGGAGCCUGAGAUCUCACUCGAUCCAGGCACCACGGAGUGAUAUAUCGAUACCCAACAAUGCAGGCCAGAUGAAUUCACGACCUGAGUGCUCUGCACCUGAUGGUACUGCCGUUAGUGAUGAGAUGGAGUUUGAAGAAGAAGUUCAGUUGGUGCCAAAUGAGCCUCCUCAGACGAGUUGGAGCAUCGGAAACUCCGAAGAAAACGUGGACAUCGAGUAUGAUGAGGAGUUGGAAGAUGAGCAAGAAGACUCAAUUGAGGUGAUUGAUUUAGAAGCCCUGUCACCAGGGUCUGAUGUCGAGGAAAUCGACCAAGUGAAUAGUGUAUCCUCAGCAAAUGUCCCAACCUCCGUACCUGAGGAUCUGAUUGCCUGCGAUGAUACUGAGUAUCUGCUCAGAGCUGACAAUUGUGAACCCAAAUAUUGGAUUCAGGUGCGCUGGAGUUGCUCUUAUUCCCCAUAUAAGACUUUCAAAAAAGCAGGCGGACGUUUCUACCGUCAACUGGAAGAUGCAAAGUUAUCUCUAAUGCACAAUAGCAAUGAAUUGAUCUCCUCAAUCCCCAUUUUGUGCCUGGGGGUGCAUGUGAUGUUAGGUGACUUGUUCAUCUUCACGACGUCGGCAACAGCAAAAGAACGACUUUACUAUAAUUCGCAGUCCUGGCUUUCUCUUUUGGAACGAGGGAACCUGGCCCAAAUUGUGCCUCCGCCCACCAGGCCCCUUCAAUUGAGAUUUUGCUCCUUUUUUGAUGCAAAGAACAAGAUAGCACAGUCUACGGGCCCCUUAAGAGCUGAACUGCCACCACCACUUACACUCACGUGGAACUGCCGCUAUCCCCCAUUCAAGACCUGGACUAUCCAGAGGAUACCGAAUGUCGACAUAACACGUCUGAUUGAGAUUGCAUGGAGCGAAAGUGGAGUUCCAGAGCUGGCAAACAUCAGACUACGGGAGAUUGGGCUGAAGAAAUCCGGAGAUAUAAACCUGUUUCUCCAUGUGAAAGAAGACAGGGCUUGCCUCAUUGAACUUAUGCAAUCUUGGAUUCCUUGUCUACCGAACGGCAGAGCAGCCCACCUUUUAGGAUUCCAUGGUCCCAUACCUGAACCCAUCCCCAAAGGGGGAUGGGUUGCGGACGAUUGGUACGCCAAGACCGAGGACUGGCGCAUACCGCUAAAUCCAUCCUCAGGGUGGUGCGUGAAUGCAGACGGAAACGUUGUGAGCGGGGCUCCACAAUUUCCUUAUUUGAUGGAUUAUAUGCCUGAGUGCGAAUUCCUCAGGAAAGGCACGCCGAAGCAAAGAAAGAACAAGGCCCGAGCGAAGCGUCGGCGCUACAGAGCAGGAAAGCAAAGUUUGAAAACGAAAUCAGCAGCUUCUAUGCCUCAGAAACUCAAACUACGAAGAAUGAGAUGGGACUUGUAA